AUGCCGAUGCGCUUGCUGCUGCACCUGCUCGCUGUGGCGUGGGCCUGGGACAAGGAUGGCCAUGAGGCCAUUGGAAUGACCACCAUGAGCGCCUUGGACACCGCGGCGGUGUCGCAGGUGAAGCACCUCAUGGGCGGCAAGGACGCCGCCGACGUGGCGGCCUGGGCCCACAAGGUGAACAAGAAGUAUCCCUGGACCACGGAGCUUCACUUCCAGCGUCAGCCCAGCACCAGGUGUGAAAAGGCGCAGCAGCUGGACUGUAAGGACAACCGGUGCUUGAUGAAGGCUAUCCUCUACUUGUAUGGCCGCCUCACAGGCCGCGAGCUGGCACAGAUCACCUGGCCGGAUGGCAUCAAGUUGACGGAUGCCGACUGCCUCAAGUACCUCAUCACUCUACUGGGGGACAUGGCGCAGCCGCUGCACUUCGGCACCGGGGACACGGAUAUGGGGCGCAACAUCACGGUUUUGUUCCGGGACAAGAAGACGAACCUCUUCGACGUUUGGGACAAGGAGCUCACGCAGAGCGUGAUCCGCAACGAGCCCCACUUCUGGUGGGGCGGCUGGACCCACGUGCAGCGCACCCGGGUGGAGUACGAGCGGGAUAGCGAGCAGUUCAAGAAGGAGCAUGAGACGUUGCUGACCCGCUGGGCUGACGAGAGCGCCAAGUUCAUGUGCGACUCUGUGUACAGGAGAACCCGGUGA